CCAUGGCCUUGACGGUGCCUUUUCAUCUGCGAUGCGGUGGAUGGACGGCCAAAGAACGCCAUCCAUCCUGUCCGUGUCCAACUUCCGUGCUGCCGAGUCGACGACGAGUAUCGGAAGCCAGGCAUCGGGUCGCUGGUUCUUUGGUUUUGCUGCUGACCCUGAAACGCCUACAGAGACGGAAGAUUGGAGGUCACCUGGCCGCCACUGGGGCGCCGGUGCCCGUGACGGCGGAUGCGGAUGCCGCGGUGCCAAAAUUGGAAGUGUUGGAAAAACCAAAGCCGUGGCUUCAGCGCUUCUUACCUCAGGGCGAGAACAACCUCGCGGAGGACGAACUGCUGGUGCGCUUCAUGGAAGCCUUGGAGGAACGAGGUGUCCAGCUUUAUCCAGCGCAAGAAGAGGCCAUCGUGGAACUCUUUUCAGGGGCCCAUGUUGUGCUGGAUACUCCCACGGGCAGUGGCAAGUCUCUAGUGGCCGUGGCAGCGUUGUUUCAAGCGCUGGGCGUGGUAGGAGGAAAGGCCUACUACACCUCACCCACCAAGGCCUUGACGAGCGAAAAGUUCUUCGAUCUCUGCCGACACUUCGGCGCGCAAGCUGUGGGCAUGGCCACCGGGGAUGUCUCCAUUAACACAGGGGCACCAUUGGUCUGCUGUACCCAAGAAGUCCUCACCAGCAUCUCCUUGCGCUGCGAAGCCAAUGAAGCCAACGCGCCGACGCUGGUGGUCAUGGAUGAGUUCCACUACUUCGGCGAUCCGGACCGCGGCGCCGCCUGGGAGCUGCCCUUGUGGCGCUUCAGCCGCCCAGGCUGCCAGACGCAGUUUCUGCUGAUGUCGGGCACGUUGGGUGCGAAUGCCAAGCUUUAUGAAACCUUGCAGGAGCGCUCUGGAAGACCACUGCGAGUGGUUUCUUCAAAGCAACGACCGGUGCCGUUGCAUUUUUCCUACAGCCAGAAGUCAGUAGCCGACAGCAUCGCUGAGCUGAUCUCGUCAAAACGCGCGCCGGUUUAUGUCGUCCAUUUUUCACAGCGAGAGGCCUUGGAAACUGCGAAGUUGAUGGCUGAAGCGUUGGACGCAGAGGGGAAGCCGGUCCUGCACCCAGCCUUACGGUCCCCGGCGGAGCUGCAGCGCCGCGUGGAGCAGCAGAGCUUUGCCUCGCCCUUCGGCGCGGAGCUGAAGGAACUGCUGCUGCGAGGUGUUGGUGUCCAUCAUGCUGGCUUAUUACCCUGCUAUCGGCGCCUCGUGGAACAACUCACCCAGGAGUCAUUGUUGGCUUUGGUCUGUGGCACUGACACCCUGGGUGUGGGCAUCAACGUGCCCAUCCGCAGCGUUCUCUUCACGCGGCUCUGCAAGUUCGAUGGCGAAGGGACGCGCAUCAUGAGAUCGCGAGAGUUUCAUCAGAUUGCAGGACGCGCGGGUCGCAAAGGCUUUGACAUCCAGGGCGAUGUGAUGGCUGUAGAUCCAGACUGGGUGGUGUACAAUCGCGACCUGGAAGACAAGAUCAAGAGCUCCACGGGUCGCGGUCCUCUCCCACGAUGGCGGCGGCCUCCCAGGAGGAACUACAAACACUGGACAGAGCGCACCUUCUCGGAACUGCAGCGCAGCGAGCCGGAUCCAUUGAAGUCGCAAUUUCGUCUGUCCAUGGCGCAGGUACUCAGUGUGCUAGAAAGUUCCCGUGGAGCACGGGAUGGUGAACAGCAACUGGAUGAUUUGAUCUCUGCGGCGCAGUGUUCGCUGGGCGCACGGCGCUUCUGGAGGCGGCAGGUGAAGGCAUAUGUGGCUGCCUUGGAAAGCUAUGUCCAAGAGCCAGAAAAUGCAGAGUUGACAGCAGAGGCAGUCACAGUGGCGACCCCCAGCAUUCCGCUGGACGACGGCACGCUCUUCGUCUUGGAAGCUGCGAUCUUUCUGCAGAAGUUCUCCUUAUCGGAGGAGGACUGGCCCUUGGUGGUGCUGGCUGCAGCCGAAGGUAUCUGCGACCUCUCGGAAGCCUUGCGGCGUGCUGUGCUAGAGAGCCCUGGAGGCAGCCCUGGCCGUUGUCCCAGUGACAUUGAAUCGUUUCUCUUCGAGGCCUUCAAUGACUUCCGCCGGAAGAGGCCUUGGAUCUCGCCCAACUUGUUGCAGCCCAAAGGCAUUGCCUUGGAAUUGCCCCUGGGAGCGAAGAAAACUCCAGGUGAUGCUGGGGCGAUGAAUUUACUAUUGGAAAAUACCACUUGA